AUGUCUGCCGCCACGGUCCCGGAGGCUGGGGUUGCCGCGGUUCCCCCAUCGCCAGCUGGUGGUGUCUUCGGCCUUGGUGCGCCCUCGUCAGCCACGGAGGCCAGCCUCUUUCCCCCUCUUCCCGAGGCGCCGGCGCCGGGAUUUGUGAUCCAGGUUCAGCCCCACUCGUUUUUGGUCCAGCGCGUCCCAGAGGCCUCGUCAGCCACGGCACGCAGCAGCCUUGUCACCCCGACCUUGUUCAUCCCGCGACUGUCGAAGACAGCUCGCAAUGGGCAGGCCACCGGCCCCGAUCCGCCGUCCAUCUUCCCCAUGCCCUACCUUGAUGUGGCCCACUCGUCUGAGGCCGCGGCCGACCCUACCUUCCUGGUUUACGGCCUUCUCGGGACGUAUCAGCUCCUGCGCACGCGGUACUUGGGUGUCGUCACUUCCGCCAAUGUGGUGGCUGUCCUCCCAUCGGCCACUGGUGGCGUGAGCCUCGUGCUGACUGCUCGGUCGGUGUCGCUGCUGUCCUUCGAUCCGGAUCUGCCUGCAUUCCAUUCGGCUGCGGCCGGCCGCGACGCGGCGGCCAUGUUCGACUCCAGUGACUCCUUCAGUGUCACCCAAAUGGGAGACGCCCGCAAUCGGGCGCCCCGCAGCUUCCCCCUCAAUUUGGAAGCCUCCUUCUCGCACUUCCUGGAGCAAUCCGGCUUUGUGGCCCCGGGCGCCAAUGUAGAGGGCACAGGAGCGGAGCUCCCACCGGCCGGCCCCGGUGGAUCUCAGCCUCUGUCACGGUCCAACACCACCGGCUCGCGCAUCGCCUCCUUCAUCACCACCUCGGCCGAUUUGUCCUCGCGCACCAUUGCUGCCACGGCCAAAACCGUCGGUAGUGCGGGGGCCUCUUCGGCCAGUUUCCUUACUGGGGUGUUUGGGCGCAGUAGCUCAAACACCCCUUCCGCCAGUCGGCCUGCAUCCUCCGCGCCACGCGCCGCCCCCCCGCCGGCCGUGCCGCUGGCCACUCUCGAUGCCCAUCUUCCGGAUUUACUGCGCCCGGCAGUUCCCCCGACGGUGACGUUGGCGUCGAACCCGGCGGCUGACAUCGACCGGCUCCCUGCCCUCGAGGCACCGGACAUCCGGUUCCUGACCCUGGCAUCUCUCAGUGACCAUGAUGCCCGAGCCAUGGAGCGCAUCGCCCGGCUGCUGACCUCCGGGUCGGCCAUCUUCACCCUGCACCCGGUUGCGGUGCGCGACUUGGCUGACCUCGAUCGCGCCGUGCAGGCGGAAUAUGACGACCUCACUCGGUCCAUGCAGAGCCGACUCACCCGGCCCUCUCGGGGCCGUGUGGCUGGCGAUGAUGCCUUCUGUAUGAAUGCCGCGUCGCUGAUGCUGCUGGUGGACCCUUGCUCGGGGGAUUCCGAGCGCCGGCGCAUUUCGAUGAGCCCCUUCUGCAUUCGCCUGGUCCAUGGGUUUGCCCAGUCGUCGACUGUGACCCUUUCCGGCGUUGUGCUGGUGGUGUCACUCCAUGCGCGCAAGCAUUCCGGCCGGCCAGGGCUCCGGUACCAGCGUCGGGGCAGUGACCUGGCCGGUAAUGUGGCCAACUUCGUGGAGUCCGAGAUGCGCAUCGCACGGCUAGCCAGCACCGGGGCCCCGACCACCGCCUCGGGCGCUAAUGUGGUGGAUUCCCCUCCCUCCGAAUGGCUGAUCGCCUCGCACGUGCAAAUUCGCGGCUCCAUUCCCCUCCUUUGGACCCAGCCGCCUCAGCACAAGCUGGAACUCCGGCCGGCCAUCAAUGUCUCCUCCAGCUGGGACUCCUGCUCGGCCGUGUGUCGAAAGCACUUCGAGUGGCUGAAAACCCGCCACAACAACAUUGUUUGCGUGAAUCUCGUGGACAAGGAGGGCCGUGAGAAGCAGCUCGGUGAGCACUUUGGUCGCCAUCUCAGUCAAAUUGCCACCCCCGGCGUGAGCUACGAGGCCUUCGACUUCCAUGCGGAGUGCCGAGGUGGGCGCUUCGGCAACAUCGACCGACUCAUCGACCGGAUCGAGAAACGCGCCCUGGCUGACCAUGGGUUCUUCUGUCUGCGCGUGCGGGUCCCGGCCCGCGCGACCACCGUGGCCGACAUCGAGGCCGCCAUUCUCAGCCAUCAGCAAGGGGUUGUCCGGACGAAUUGCAUCGACUGCUUGGAUCGCACCAAUGUCCUCCAGGCGUCGGUGGCCUCGCGCUUGUUCACGCGGGCCUUUGUUCACGGGCACAUCUUGCCCACCCUGUCGUCUGUCUCGCGUGAUGCCCUGCUCAGUGCGGACAAUGCGGCCAUCAUCGAGCGCCAGAUUCACCAGAUGGCCCUCGCCACCGGCGGAGCGCAGGACUUCGCUGAUACUCGCUAUGCGAAUGGCUCCCCGGCCUCGGAGCCUGGCGAUGAUACCGUCACCCCGAGCGAGAGUGAGGCAGACACGGACUCGGAGGAUGAACUCAGUACACCGGUGCUUCGGCAGCGGCGCCUCCGGCAGCAGCAUCGCCAGCAGCUGUUGGACUCUGAGCCAGGGUCGCCUGGUGGCGAUGAGCUGACAUCCCUGGUCGCGGUGGACUCCCGGUCAGUGAAUGCCCCGGUACCGACUGCCGGGCGUCCGGCCUCUGCUCUUCGGUCGCUGCCUCUGGGGUCGCACUUUGAUGCCCUUCUGGCGGCCAUUUGGGCUGACCAUGGAGAUGCUCUGAGUCGGGCGUAUGCCGGUACAGCCGCCCUCAAGGGCGACUUCACACGCACUGGGCGUCGGACUACCUCCGGCCGGAUGACCGACGGCGUCAACAGCAUGACGCGCAUGUAUCGCAAUGCCUUCAUCGACUCCGACCUGCAGAAUCUAUAUGACUAUAUCUAUGGUCGGCAGUCAUGUGAGGUGUUCUUGCCACAGGCGGCGCCCUCGCCCUCUCUCUCGUCGCUGGGCCUGCGCGAGCGCACUGCCUCUAGUAGCAGCACGGCCCCGAUUGCGGCCUCGGAGACAAGCGCCGAGCACACCGCACUUCUUUCGGCAACCGGUAACAAAGUGAACGCCAAGAUGGCCUUCUCGCCGGAAACCCAGCAAAUCGAGGACCCCUUCGUCAAUGUCUACAAGCCCUGGCUUGAGGAGGGCGAGGUGGCCCUUUUCUCGUUCCUGGUCUACCAAUUGGCCACACGCUUUGAUGACCCAGCCAACUUCGCGACCGCCGAGCCGACUCUCACUUCGCGCAUUCUCGUAGCCACGGACUGUGCACUGUUGCUGUUUGGCACGCCUCCCGGGCACCUGCCGGGUGGUCGCCCCCCUCCGCCCGAGCGUAUUGACCUCCGCACGAUCAUCGCGUGUCUGCCCUCCCGGCCGCUUCUGGCGCGCCAUGCGCCCGGGUCCGGGCCCCACAAUGCCGAUGACUCGCUCGCUGACUCGCCGAGCAUCUCCCACUCGCUACAGUGUCUGCUCAUGGACCAGAAUGGGUCCGGUGGCGACAGCCAAGCGGAAUGCUCCAGCGCCAGCACCCCGGGCACCGACCGGGUGGACGUCAACAUCCUGCUCAUCACUGGGGAUGACCAUCCGGGAGGUAUCGAGCAGGCGGCCUUGCUUCUGGCCCUGGAGGCGGAAGUCGAGCAUCACCGCGCCAUGCUGAAUGCACCUCGGCAGGAUGGUGGAGCAGGACAGGCGGACUCGGAGCCGGCUCCGGUCGCGCCGUCCAGCUGCCUGGACAUGCCCGGCAUCCGCCGGCUAUCUCUCUCACGGCUGUCCUUCUCGGAGGCCGAGCGUCUACUCAAGCACAUCCAGAUCUAGAGGGGAGUUGCGCACGCGCACAAUCGUGCAUGUGUGUGUGUGUGUAUGU